AUGGCUGAUUUCGCUGCUCCUUCCGGCCCGCCGCCUCCCAAGGUCCCCGAUGGUUGGGUCGCCCGCUGGAACGACCAAUACCACGAAUGGUUCUACGUUAAUACCUACACCAAGAAAUCCCAAUGGGACAGACCUACCGAGCCAGCCGUAGACCCUAACCGCCACAAUGACGGCGCGCCCCCCGGUCCUCCUCCGGGCUACACGCCGGGCUCCGGUCCCUCGCCCACCGACUCUAAGAACAACCCCUUCGUGAACGAGACGACGAAGCCUGGGUAUGGAUCUAGCUCGCAUGUGGACGAGGACGCAGACGCUCGGUUGGCCCGUCAGCUACAGGAGGAAGAGAACGCGCGCUCUAGAGGUGCCGCCCAGUCCUAUGCCAACACGCCCACACCGCCCCAGGGCUACUCGCCAUAUCCCGAUCAGCUACCUCCGCGCUCAUCCGGUGGCAGCAAUCCCGCCGACAAAGCAAAGGGUCUGUUCGGCAAGUUCUUCGGCAGCGGCAAGAACAAGCCACACGCCGGGUACCCGGGCCAGCAGCAAUACGGCGGGCAGUCACAAUACAGCCCGCAGCCCCAACAACCCUACGGCGGAUACGGUUCUCCGCCUCCCCAGCAAGGGUACUACAACGGUCCUCCACAGCAGCAGCAGCAGUACGGCGGCUACGGCCCGCCUCCAGGCCAGUAUGGCGGAUACCCUCCCCAAGGCGGCUAUCCUCCGCAGGGCGGGUACUACGGGCAGCAGCAACCGCCUAAGAAGAGCGGAGGUGGUAUGGGUAUGGCGGGAGGCGCGGCGCUGGGUCUAGGUGCGGGAGUGUUGGGCGGCGUGCUGAUUGCGGAUGCGAUCAAUGAUGAGCAGCAGGAGGCGUAUCAGGAGGGGUACCAGGACGGCAACGAUGGCGGCGAUUACGGCGGUGGCGACUUUGGUGGAGAUUUCUAG